ACCGCGCUAGGAAAGUUAGGAAGGAAAAAAAAAAAAUGCGUUAAGCCUCAAGAAGAAGACGAAGUCGUUGGAGCAUUUGCGCUCUAUAAAGCCACCCAACACUAUCCCCACACCGUCUCCCAACUCACAAUUCUCCGACCAAUACAUUCCUCAUUCCCAUCACCCAAAUUACAAUCUCUCCGAGGUUUACUCCGAAGACGCAGAGAUCGAAAUAGGAAGGACAAAGAAAAACCUACCACCGAUGGCUUCGUCAUCUUCAUCUUCCAAGAUGAUGGCCAUGGCCUUUCUUCUCUCCCUCCCCCUCCUCCUCCUCCCCUCUGCCCUAGCGGCGGGGGUGAUUUGCGAGGAUUUGCCGCAAGACCUGUGUGCGUUUGCGAUCUCGUCGUCGUCAAAGAGAUGCGUGCUGGAGAGCACCCCACACAACGGGGGGCCACCGAAUACCAAUGCCGGACGUCGGACGUGGUGGUGCACCGGAUGUCGGCGUGGAUCGAGACGGACGAGUGCGUGAGGGCCUGCGGCGUGGACCGCAACUCGGUGGGGAUCUCGUCCGACUCUCUCCUGGAGCCGCAGUUCACCGAGAAGCUCUGCUCUCCGGCGUGCCACCGGAACUGCCCCAACAUCGUCGACCUCUAUUUCAACCUCGCCGCCGGAGAAGGUGUGUUCCUGCCGAAGCUGUGCGAGGCGCGGCGUGUGAAUCCUCGCCGGGCGAUGGUGGAGCUUCUCAGUUCUGGGGCUGCGCCCGGCCCGGUCGCCGGUGGGGUCGUGAGCAAAUUGGAUGCAGCAGCUGCGCCUGCCCCCAUGGCCUUCCCCCCUGCUUCACCCUAAAAUUUUUCCCCUUGUGUAUUCUAAUACAAAGAUUAUUAUUUGCUCAUCAGAAAAAAAAUAAAAAUAAGGAAGAAAACGGGUGGGAUUCUUGCGCACUCGAUAUAUAUACAUGAGGUGGUGUGCUUUUUUCGAGGAAUAGUUAGCUGGUCAGAGUGUGGAACUACGUGGAUAUUUGUAUUUGAAUUUGUUGGUUACAAUAAGCAUUUACAUUCUUCACA